AUGCGUCCCUCUUCAAUCACCAAUGCCUUUGUUUUCGGCCUCCUUGGCUUGGCCCCCAUCGCUGCCGGCCUCUCAGUGCCUGGCUCGACAACAGACGUGGAGCGUCGAUACGUUGGUUCCGGUGCAGCUUUAGCCUCCAAAUUCGUACGCUCCAUCAUUGCGGAACUUGACGCUCGCCACCAUACCGAGGCCCAGAUUGCCGCCAAGGAGGCUGCUGCUGCCAAGAAGGGUGGAAAGAAGCAUCAAGCCCGGGAGGCUGAUGUGAUUCCUCCGGAUGACGAAUUCGGCUCAUGGGCCGACAAGAGGGCACCGCAUCAUACCGAGGCCCAGAUUGCUGCCAAAGAGGCCGCUGCUGCAAAGCAAGGUGGAAAGAAGCAUCAGGCCCGCGAUCCCCACCAUACCGAGGCACAGAUUGCUGCUAAGGAGGCUGCUGCUGCCAAGAAGGGUGGAAAGAAGCAUCAAGCUCGCGAGGCUGAUGUGAUUCCUCCGGAUGAUGAGUUUGGAUCGUGGGCUGACAAGCGCGCACCCCAUCACACCGAAGCUCAGAUUGCCGCGAAGGAGGCUGCUGCCGCCAAGCAAGGUGGAAAGAAGCAUCAAGCCCGGGAGGCUGAUGUGAUUCCUCCUGAUGACGAGUUCGGCUCAUGGGCCGACAAGAGGGCUCCCCAUCACACUGAGGCCCAAAUUGCUGCCAAAGAGGCCGCUGCUGCUAAG